AUGCCAGCAAAAAAGGCGACUGAUGCGCCAGUGUAUAAUUUACCACAUGAGCGGCAGGUGGAACUCCUCUCUGAGGCGUUAUUGAGGGAAUAUAUGCAUAAGCGUAAGUUCACUGAUACUCUCCGUACAUUUGACGAGGAAAACCCCCGUGGCCCCGACACCAUCUCUUCGCGUGCCCUCAUGUCAGAUCUCAUGACACUAAAGUCUGAGACUCAAAAAGAUAUGAAGGCAGAUGGAAUUGAAACUAUAAUGGAAAUGCUUUGCUGCCUCCGCGUGCAGCGACGGCUAGAGGUGGAGGAUCUUAAACGACGGGCUGCAGCAGAGGUCCCACCAACCCCUGAAAAACUUAAGAAAAAGAAAAGCAAGAACCACGAUGGGGGGAAAGGCAGUAAACGAAAAAAGGAAAAAAAGAGGGUGUUUGCAAAAGAGUUCGAGGAGGACUCACCAUCAGACAAGGAUUCGGUGAGCAAAUAUGGCGAAAAACACACAAAAAGGAGGUCGUCCGAAGGGCGUAGUGAUAAUAGCAGCAGUGAUGAGGGAAGCAGUGGCGAUGAGUCGACUAGUGAACAAAGCUCCACCAGUGUGGGGAAGGGUGGUGGGCCCAAGUCACAAAUUGGCAAGAAGACGGCUCGUGCAUUAUUAGAAGUGCUGUGUGGUGCAGCCGGUGCUCUGCCGGUGUCGUUUCUGGGACAGGGGUUCGCUUUUGACGGCGACGUGGACUACGGCCUCAUCCAACGGAAAAAAGGACCAGAUGGGGUUGUGUCUGUUGUUCAAGCGUUUGUCUGCGCUUUCUUCUUCAAGGGACCGUUCAUGGAUGUGCGGCGGCAUCAAAAACAGUGUCUUAUUCGCUCUAUCAUGACUGUUCUCUCCAGUGUGCAAUCACAGGCACGUCUCAUUUGCCUUGUGGAUGGCCCCAUUAGUGCGGAUAGUGUGGAAACUGACUUGGCAAGUAUAAACACACGGCGGGACUUUGCCACGAUGCAAGAUGUGGAGAACGCCCUCCAUGACUUCAUAGACAGUUGGAUGCAGCCGAACGGUUCAGGAGUGUUUUGCUUCCUUCUUUCUGCGCUGCUCUCUCACGGAGUGAAGGCCGUAACAUCUGCUCUCGCCUCCAAUACCACGUCAUCAGCGGUCGCAGCUGAGCAACAUUUGAUUACUGCAGACGGUCGCUGUUCUGUAGUGUUAACAGAGCUCCUUAUGCCAAAGGAGUCUGCCAGCACCGCGGGGGAUGAUGACUUUGUGCUGGGCAAUCUCGCUCUCGGAAUGGGAGCCGCUGGUGCCACUUGCGGGUUCGUCACAAGAAACCCCGAUGGGAAUGUCACAAUGACUAAUGGUAACCCACGCUGUCCCGUCUGGAUUGUUCAUCACGAGGGGCGUUAUGUCGUACUCUUCUUGAAGCGGGAUAACCGCCGCCAGCUGGAGCAGCGUCGCACCACUGGUGCAACUAUGUCCACAGACGUGUUCUUCUACGAGCCGAGCGUGUCAGACCGGGGUGACACAUUCGUCACUAUUACCGUCAACAGCGAAGAUGAAAAUAGUAGUAGUGAUAACUUCUUCUUGGGCCGAGCCAUCCGUAGCAUACCAUUGUGGCCCAGUUGCGCAAUACACUGGAAUGGAGCGGAACCGCCUUUUUGA